GUUGUUUCUCUUACCAGAAUCCCAGCCACUGGAAGAUGACAGCCCCAAAGCCUUGCCUGUGUUAGGGGAGCAAUCAAACUCGGAUAAUGACAUAAACGAGCCGGUGUUGAUCUGGGGAAUCUCAGACAAAGCAGCCCAGAGGAAAAGCAUCUCUGCUGCUGAAGGUUCGCUUCGCUUGCAACAGGAGAAACAGCAGCCGCUGGUGCACAGACCGGGGAGAGGUAAAGGGAGGCUGAGGCUGCCGCAUAGGCUACCCUUCAAAGACAGACAUUUCACUUGCAGCAAAAUAAUAGGAAGGAGGUUCGCUUGCUUUGCGCAGAAGCUGAGCUACAGGAGAAAACAGAGCCAAUGUGAUUUAUUGAAUGAAAGCACUGGACACUUACCAGCAACUUGUUCCUCGGCUGCCUCGAACAGCUUCAGCUGGAACUGCCGCUCGAAAAUGACCCAACAAAUGCAGAAUUUACAUCUUUCUCAGUCAAAAAAGCACAGCGCUCCCUCGUCUCCCAAUGCUGCUAAGCGCCUGUACAGGAACCUCUCGGAGAAGCUGAAGGGCAGCCACUCAUCCUUUGAUGAGUGCUAUUUUAAAACCAGAACGGAUCGGCUGAGUCUCAGAAAGACCUCCGUGAAUUUCCAGGGCAAUGAAGCCAUGUUUGAGGCUGUCGAGCAGCAGGACCUAGAUGCUGUACAGCUGCUCCUCUACCAGUACACACCGGAAGAGCUAGACCUGAACACACCAAACAGCGAGGGACUGACGCCCUUGGACAUUGCCAUCAUGACCAACAAUGUGCCCAUUGCUCGGAUUCUUCUGCGGACAGGGGCCCGAGAAAGUCCACACUUCGUCAGCCGGGAAAGCCGAGCCAUGCACCUCAACACACUCGUCCAGGAGGCCCAGGACAGGGUGAGUGAGCUGUCUGCCCAGGUGGAGAACGAAGGCUUCACUCUGGACAACACCGAGAAGGAGAAGCAGCUGAAGGCGUGGGAGUGGAGGUACCGACUCUACAGGCGCAUGAAAACCGGCUUCGAGCACGCCAGACCCCCAGAGGUGCCAGCCAAUGCCUGUCUCAUGGUAACCAGCAGCACAUCACUCACUGUCAGUUUCCAGGAGCCCCUCAGUGUCAAUGCAGCUGUGGUGACCAGGUACAAAGUGGAAUGGAGCAAGUCUAAAGACUUUUCCCCUUUGGCCGGGGAGAUCCUCAUGGACAACCUGCAGACCCUGAGGUGCACCAUCACAGGCCUCACCACGGGCCAACAGUAUUUUGUUCAAGUCUCAGCUUACAACAUGAAAGGAUGGGGACCAGCUCAGACCACGACGCCGGCAUGUGCCUCUCCCUCUAACUGGAAAGACUAUGACGACAGAGAGCCCAGACACAAGGGACAGAGUGAAGUUCUGGAGAGCCUGCUGCAGCAGGUCCGAGCCCUUCAUCAGCAUUACAGCUGCCGGGAAAGUUCGAAAUUGCAAACCACGGGCCGCAAGCAGUCAGUGUCAAGGAGCCUGAAGCACCUGUUCCAUUCCUCCAACAAGUUUGUGAAGACCUUGAAACGAGGACUCUACAUAGCCGUUAUAUUUUAUUAUAAAGACAAUAUGUUAGUCACCAAUGAAGAUCAAAUACCAAUUGUUGAAAUAGAUGACUCUCAUAGCAGUUCUAUUACCCAAGAUUUUCUGUGGUUCACAAAGCUGUCUUGUAUGUGGGAAGACAUCAGGUGGCUGAGGCAGAGUGUGCCCAUCUCCAUGUCCUCAUCCACAGUGCUCCAAACUCGGCAGAAGAUGCUUGCUGCAACCGCCCAACUACAGAAUUUACUUGGAACGCACAACUUGGGAAGACUUUACUAUGAGCCCAUUAAAGAUCGCCAUGGCAACAUCCUCAUAGUCACCAUCAGAGAAGUAGAGAUGCUUUAUUCCUUUUUUAAUGGCAAAUGGAUGCAGAUCUCAAAACUGCAAAGCCAGAGGAAGUCCCUGUCAACUCCCGAGGAGCCAACAGCCUUAGAUAUUUUACUAAUAACCAUUCAGGAUAUCCUCUCCUAUCACAAAAGGAGUCAUCAGCGUCUCUCUCCUGGACUGUAUCUAGGUUACCUAAAGCUAUGUAGCUCUGUGGAUCAGAUCAAAGUGCUCGUAACCCAAAAGUUGCCCAACAUUCUCUGCCAUGUGAAGAUCCGUGAAAACAGUAACAUCUCCAAAGAGGAGUGGGAGUGGGUCCAGAAGCUGUCUGGCUCCGACUCUAUGGAAAGAGCGGAUCAUAACGCUGACUGCCCCGUGCCAUUGUUCUUCUACGAGCUCCAGACGGCAGUGAAGGCUCUCCUGAAGCAGAUCCACGUACCUCUGCACCAGGCACGGAACUUCCGCCUCUACACACAGGAGGUGUUGGAAAUGGGUCACAAUGUGUCCUUUCUUCUCCUGCUCCCUGCCUCAGACGACGUCUGUACAGCCCCAGGACAGAAUAAUCCUUACACCCCACACUCAGGGUUUCUUAACCUCCCUCUUCAGAUGUUUGAACUCGUUCAUUUUUGCAGCUACAGAGAGAAAUUUAUUAGUCUGUAUUGCCGUCUUUCUGCUGUUGUGGAGCUGGACGCCCUGAACACCCAACAGUCCCUGAGGGAAGCAAUCUCAGACAGCGAGGUUGCAGCUGCCAAACAAAGACACCAGCAAGUGUUAGACUUCAUUCAGCAAACAGAUGAAGUCUGGCGUGAGAUGAGGUGGAUCAUGGAUGCUCUACAGUAUGCAAGAUACAAGCAACCUGUCUCUGGCUUGCCCAUCACUAAGCUGAUAGACCCCUCCCACGAGCAGAAUCUAAAGAAGAUCAGCUCUACAUCAUCACAUAUAGACUGUCUUCCAUCAACAUCUCCAUCCCCAGAGAUGCACAGAAGAAAGACAGUGAGUGAGUCACAGCCCUGCUCCGAUGAAGAAGGCUGCUCAGAAGUCUUCCUCCCCACCGACAGUGACUAUGACUCCAGUGAUGCCCUGAGCCCACGAGACCUGGACCUGGUUUACCUGUCAUCACAUGACAUCGCCCAGCAGGCCCUCAGUGGCCUCAGUGGCAGUGCCCCAGAUGUCCUACAAGUGCACGACAUGAAGGCCUCCCUGGGGCCCGGCCAGGACCCUCCGGGCCCAGUGCAGGGCCCAGACACCGACCACUCGUGUGCAGAGUUUCUCCACAGCCUGACCCUCACAGGCUUGGCACCCAAGAACCACACCAAGAUGGUGCCAGGCACACGGCCCCCGCUGGGCUUCCUGGGGAAGAGGAAGCCAGGCAAGCACCAGCACUACGGUGGCUUCAGCCGCCACCACCGCUGGCUGCGCAUGCACAGCGAGACACAGUCGCUGUCGCUCUCGGAAGGCGUCUACACGCAGCACCAGUCUAGGGCCGGUGGCUUGCCUGGAGAUCCUGGGGAAGCAGAGGGGCCUGGAGCUGUGGUGGAUGGGCCCCGGGGCCUGCCUCUGGCCCACGCGGCCAGCCUCCCAGAGGAGCGGAGGAGCUGCCUCCAGGACCCCAGGCGCUCAGUGCACAGAGUCUAUGUGGAAGCCUACCCCGAUACACUCAUGGGCCAGGACACAAAACUGUGGGCUGGGUUGAGUCCUACCCCUGCGGGCCGUACCAGCCUGUCAAGCCCCACUAGUUCAGAGAUGAGCCCAGACCCCACAUCCCCGGUUUCAGAAAUCCUAAGCAGUAUGCUUUAGAGUGGCCCAGGCCGGCUCUCUACUGUGUCCCCCACCCACCCACCUCCCCACCCGAUAUUCCUUGCAUUUCCAUCACAUAUCCUGCCCCACUGUGCCCCCCUGUUCAAGGGUUACAUGUGCAAGGCUCUUAUUUUUCCCAAAGUGGGCACAGGAUGGGGGAAUGGGGAAGCUAGAGAUGUCACAGCCAUUUCCUCCUCACCCUAGGAAACGCAUGGUGUCUGAGACCCACGAUGCAAAUAUAGAAUUCUUUCGGUGGCACCUGUGGCUAAGAUAGGCCAGUCCAAGGAGGACACUUAAUUCUGCAGUUGUCUCUGUAAUCUCAACCCUGGCCCUGGAGUUCUUAUGUGAGUUUGUGGUUGACGACGAAGUUCAGUCAGUGAAAAGAACAACGGCAUAGCUUUUCCCGCAAAUCCAAACUUUCAGAAGAUUUUGGGGAAAAGAAGCCCGUGUGGUGUCUGGAGAGCAAGGGGUCAUGUAGACUUGUGCUGGGGUUUCCCUCCACCACACCAGGACAUUCUGAAGUGCAGGGUUCUUGGGACUCCCCAAGUCCAAUUUAUUCACCAGCACUCACCUGGUUAAGUGGGCCUUGGAUAGACCUUUUUUUUUUUUUUCCUUCACUUAGUGUUAUGUGGAGAACUCCAGAAACAGAAGUAGAGGGCACUUCUUUGCUAGCCCUGUUCUACCAGAUAAAACAGGGCAGGAAGCAGCCCUUCGGGCACGCUCAGAUCCCAUUCAGUCGUGACAAUGAACAGUAAAUUACUCCAGAGUGCAAGGAGAUGGCUGCAUUAAGUGAAAGCCUACAUUACAGCAGCAGAAAGGGGAAAGAACUAAGAACCUUUUCUUUACCAUAAACCAACUGGGUCCAUGGCAGCUGCACCAUUUAGAACAGCUGUGGACAGGCACCAUGUUUUAAACUGAUCCAACAGUUAUUGAACAAGAAUGUGUCCACUAGAUAUGGUCAGGUAGUGAUGGGUUCCUCUAAAAACCACAGGCACAUCCUUCAUCCCCUCAUCACUGGUUAAGACUGUUCAGGGCUGGGGUGGCUACCCUCCACUUUGACCCCGGCUCCUUAUAACCUGAAUGUCAUGUUCGCCCCUACCACCACACCGAAGAUCAUCUGGCCCAUUGGCCACAUGGGAUAUCUUUCCUUAGUAGCCUCAGCCAGUAGUUCAUGCCAAGCAUGUGCACGAUACCACCUGGAAACGCUGCUUUAGUCACAUCAUCUCUACCUGAACUACUCAUAGGUGAGAAAUGCAAACAGAAGCCACACUGUGCAUUCAAGUAAGGCACAGUUCUCCUAGAGCCAAGACCCAUUCAGUUCACCAGCGUUCUUAAUGGUCCUUUUCUACAUAACAGGCCUCUCAGUUAACUACCAUUCUUUGUUAUCAUGUCCUCAGACCUAAUUCUUCCUUAAAAUUCAUACAAACCCCAUGUUCACCAUGGUGUUCUGAUCCCCUCUGUUUAAAAAAAAAAAAAAAAAAAAAAAAAAAAACAAAAAAAAAAAAAAAAGAUUUAAAUAUAAUUAAUUACCCCAUCCAAAAGGCACAGCUUUGGCCUUGGCCUAUGGUCAUUAGAAAACUAAAGCCAUGACCUCAGUCUAUUGUUUUCUUUCUUUCUUUUAAGAGAUUUUUAUGCUCAGUGAACCAUCAAAGAAUCUUGAUUAAAAUGUCUCCCGGGCAGAGUGGCACCUGCCUUUAAUCCCAGCACUUGGAAGGCAGAAGCAGGUGGAUCUCUGUGAGUUCAAGGCUGGUCUACAAAGUGAGUUCCAGGACAGUCAGGGCUGUUACACAGAGAAACCCUGUCCUAGAAAACCAAAAUAAAUAAAUAAAUAUAAAACGGCUAGAAUUUCUCUGCCAUAUCUCAGUGACUUAUGUAUAUGGACUUAUGUAUAUGGAAGGCUUAAGUCCUUGGCCCUACAAGUAGGCCAGUUAAGGCUAGAGAUGUUAAAUGAUUUACUGAAGGUUGCAAGAACUGACUUCAUGUCAGAAUUAAAACUCAAAAACACCUCCUUUAUAAAGAUAUACCACUAGAAAUCAGGACAUACUUUGUCAACUAGUGAUCAUCUAGUCUGCUUUCUUUAUUUCAUAAAGUCAUCUACUUCUUCCAAAUUUGAUUAUGUGUUCAACCUUUACCUAACAGGUGUCCAACAUCACAAAGCUCUUUAUUGCUAGAGAACACAAAUCUUAUCAAUAUACAUAGAAGAUAAAUCAGCUAAUCAAAACCCAAGUUGAGGAGAAAUGUCCGUUCAAAUUAUAGUUCCUCGUUAGUAACAGGACUGACAGAAUUGCUACACUUAGUUUUUACUUAUUUCUAAUUAGAAGAGAAAUUGGGCAGCCUCGAUGCAUUUGUGAGAGGAGUUGCUAGAACUGUCGAGGACAGAGAAGUCAGGCAAUUAUGAUCCUGAUAGAAGGGGGAGUUUGGGACUGAAUUAGGUGAAGGAUCUUCAACAAGGAGUCAGAGCUGAGGCUCACCCACUCUGCUAAUCCUUUGUUCAGCAAGUUCUGGCUUACUAAACCCAACUGCAUGAAACUUCAACCCACUCAUUUAUAUUGACAUUACUUGCUUCUAUUUUCAUUUGCCAUGAGAAAAAGAAUGUCCAUGGAAUGGAUAAUGUGCAGUAGAUUUCAAUGGAUAUGCUUAGUUCCACUGAAAAUGUAUUUUGCUAACAGCAUUCCCACAUAAAAUAGUUAGGUUAUAGCCCUAAUAAUUACCUAUUUAUUCAAAUAACCUGGUUCACCCCAACCCCACUUUGAAAAACUUGUGGACCCAGUUGAAAUUAAUGCAUUGUGGGAAAAAUGGCUGUUCUCUAAUUCAGUUUUGUAUUCAUUCAUUUUGAUUUUAUAUAUAUCAGAAACUCAGACCAGCCAUGAUGUUUUACUUUAUUAUCUUCAUUUUAUUUUGGAUAUGAUAAAUGUACCUUUUAUUCUUUUCGAAUACAAUCUAAGAGGCUCUUGAGGAAACUUCCCUAUCCCAAGUCUCUUUCCCAGUUUUUCACACUGCUUUACUCAGACCUGAAACAUCCUUCUCCUAGCCUUUGUGAAGAUCCUUAAAAAUAAAAAAUGUGGCCCUGCCAUGUCUUUUUAUGGUCUAAGCUGGACAGGGAACCAAAGAAUCUACAGCAAAACAGGCCUCAGAGAGCUCACAAUCUACCAUACAUCAUCCCAUGAAUAUAUUGAAAAGGCAGCAGCCUGUUGCAAACAGACAGACAGACAGACAGACAGACAUCCCUGGCUAGAGGUCUCUUAGCUGCUCUCCUGCUGUCUAUUCAUGAGAGAGAGUACAUCCUAGAAAAUGAACCUCAUUUUGUGAAAAGGUAAAUGCAACCACUUACAAAGCAAGGCUAUCACAUCCUCUAAACGGUGAGGGUACCUGGAGCACAGUAAUUAAAACCAUUAACUCCAGGGAAGGGGUAUUUUGAGAAGUGGGCACUUAAAGAUGAGCUCCAUUGGGUUUUAAGAACAUUCAUUAAUGCUCAAAGCAAUAAUUAUACUGAAGAAAAUGGUUCCAUUUGGUUCAAAAACUGAAGCCAGUUACAAAUAAUAUCCUGCCAGCCCCCUUUCCUGAAGGAUCCCAAAGCACUUUAUGAACAGCAAUGACUGAAGCCUUGUUGUAUUCCCCUAAAGAGACCUUGUCUGGGAGCCACCUGGCAAGCACCUACCCCAUCCUUGCCAGGAGAUCAUGCCAGACAAGUGGGAAAGGAGACUGACCUCUCAUUCAUUGUCAUCCUGACAUACAAAUGUGUACCCUGAAGAAGGUGUGCUCUGCCCUCCCCUGGAAGACAACUUUAGGACAAGAAAGUGUAGCAGAAAACCCAACUCCUUGGCAUCUUCUUGUUCUUCACUCUCUACCCAAAAUGUACUUGUUGUCUCAGACAACUGUCACUUCAAGCUGUCAAGGGGUCUGCAGUGCAUUUCAGAACCAUGAUUAUGUGACUAGCACACGGAAGUCACUAAUUUCAGAAAAUGUCCACAGUAGUGAGAGGAUACUAUUGUCUACAGUUUCUUAGUUUACUAGGUAAAAGCUGCAUCCAACAGUGUGCAUCUUUGCAUAUCUGCUUAUUUAAACUAUAAAAUACAGAUUAAAGGGGGUAGUUGUGGAUUAAUGAGAACACUCUCAGCAAAUGUAUCAUUUCAUAAAGUCUAAAUAGUUUUCCAGAUGAUUCAAUGAGGCAAAUUGAGGCUUCCUUGUAUACCUUUAAGGAAACAUUUAAAGAAACUGUUUGGAAAGCAAUGGUAUCUCUUCAUAAGUAGUUUGGUAGAUAUGGAAAAAAUGUCUUUCGUUGCUGGUCACUUCUCGUAAGAUGUCCAAACACAUGGCUCAUGACUGUUAAGCUAAACUUCCAUGCAGCCUUACAAACAACAAGGGUAGUGUAUAAAACGAUGUUGUAUAGCUUGGAAACCAAUUCUAAGAUCUUAAUUCAGAGUUUUUCUGAGGUGUUGGACUUUGCCAUUAGCAAAAAGUAUUUUUAGAGAAAAAUCCAUUGACUGUUUAUGAAGCACUGAUUUUUGCCAUAUUUCAGGUCUCUGGUUUUUCCACUGCAUCUGCACACAGUAGUUACAUUUGUGUUCAACUGUAUCUUUUGCUCUUAUUGGUGAUGAAUUUGUCAAAUGGUUAUUCAUCAAGAUAAUUGGUUUUACCUAACAAUUGGGUAAGCAGAUUUUUUUUAAAUGUUCUAUUUUGAUAAAGGAAGUAGAAAGCUUGUUGUUGUUGUUGUUGUUGUUGUUGUUGUUGUUGUUUUAAAUAUUACCCUGAGGUCUUUCUUUCCCAAUUGUAAACACUUGUAAUUUCAACAAAAGCCAAUAUCUAACUUAGUGGCAAGUGUUAUAAAGAUGCUAGCUAAUGCUCUUUGCCUCUCUUCAAUCCACAUGAAAGUCCGAUUAGAUCCUCAUAGUAACCAUUAUCUAACAAUUAAUUUACAAAGCCAAGUCUGGCAACUUACUGUCAUCUGAGUUUCUGUGUGGCUUCUUGCCUUGUGACAAAUCAGAUGUGUGGGGACAGUCCAUGCAUAUGAUUGUAAGCAUUGUUUGAUGUUUGUGAUGAAAAAGAAUUAAAGUGUGAGUGUGUGUGUGUGUGUGUGUGUGUGUGUGUGUGUGUAACAAUGUGUGAGAUGUUUCAUAGAAAUAGUGAUUGGCAUUCUAUUAGGCAGUAUUUGAUUGCUUCCUGCCUGAUGUGUACAUACUAAUCUGGCUGAUAAUUGGUUGUUAUUUGUUCAGAACUUAUUGUAUCCUGUUCCUCUGUAUGAAACUAAGUAUAUGUUAAAAUGUAGGCUUCAGUACAUUAUCUGCACAACUUUGUGUGCUUUAGACCUAUGUAAAUAUACAAAUGAAUCCUGUGUGAUGUGUUCAAUGUGACCUCCAAUCUCGAAACAAUAAUAUUUUGUAGUAUGUACAUUUGGAAACUAUUUGAACCUUUCAAAUGGAUACUGUGAAUGGCCAGUACUCUCAGUCAAACACAGCACUGGUGAAGCGCAUGCCUCUUCAGGAAGAAGUCAGGAAUUAACAAGAAUUAAGAUAAUUUUUUAAUGGCAAGUAUUUUUGAUAAUUUCCUACCUGCUUCACUGUAUUUUCAAGGAAAAAAAAGUAAACAUAAGAAAUGUUAGCUACCCAAGGGAAUGACUUUGUUUCAUAAGCAUUAAAUAUACUUGAUGUCUUACCACAAUAUUGUUGAGAUCUAUGUUAAGCAUAAAGAACUCAAAAGCAUUUUUGAUUCUUCACAUGAUUUUUUUUUCAUGUUUUAAGGGCAGUUUGUGAACCCUUUGUCUUCAGUGUGGAGAAAUGUCCAUUCAAUAAUAAACUAAUAGAAUUCUCUGUAGUUGGCUUACCUAAUGCUUUUUCCAUUUCUCAAUGAAAACCAAAAAAAUCAAAAUCAAAAUACCUUCAGCCUGAGGUGUUAAAAUCUCUCACUAAAAAUUUGGAGCUAUUAUUUGGGACACUGUUUUGACAAAUGUCAGCAAAGUCUACUCAAUUGGCUCUAGAUUAAUUGAUAGCAUCAGGACACUUCUCUUUCCUAAUUUGUUAUUGCCAAGUAUUGAAAAUACAGCAUCAGAUUACCAUGGUAAAUACUCCCAUGGGGAUACAGCUUGGCUAUUGGAAUCUCAGUGCUCCCUCCUCUGUAUGCAUGUUUACCAUCCCUGGUGCAUUCUGCAUGACUGUUCUAUCUCCAACGUUCUGUCUGUCCCUUCUAUUUCCAUAGCUGCAGGGCUCCUCUUCCCCUAUGCCUUCUAGCAGAGAGUUGACAUUUUUAUUGUAUCUAAAAGCCUAUAGAGAUUACUUCAAUCCCAGGACCCUGCAUAAAGCUUCUCCUGAAUCUCCAAGAAAAGGAAAACCUAUUGGUCUGGAUCAUAUUUGUUUUAGGCUGCUUUACUGAAAUCUUUUCAACACAUAUGUACAUGUGUACACACACACACACACACACACACAUAUAUACACACAUACACCUUUUAUUGGCAUGUUUGUGGUUGGCUUUCCUAACAGCCUCAGAAGGCUGGUUUUUGUUAUUCUGGUCAAAUAUGCUGUUUUUCCUGUGUAAAUUGUCAUCGUUCUAAGUAAACCACUACUUUCUUUUCUUAAUUCUGCCUUUAAAUAAAAGUUUGCCUUCUUUUUCAAA